CAAGUUGAUGUAUAGAGACCGGUUUUAUUGUAGUUCUGUCACCUAUUACACAGAACCGUAAGUAUCAGACGCUGACAUCUACCGAUAAAAGACCAAUCUACAGUGACAACUGACACUAUAAUUUGUCAUUGUUCGCAAAUGACAAUUGAAGUUCUUUUUUGUAACAACACGGUAAAUGUCAUAGACAUUUUGUAAGUUUGUUUUAUAUUUUUAAAUUCUUUUGAAAUCCUCAACAUCAAAAUACAUAUCCCGCCAAAAUGGGAAAAAUAAUGAAAUCCGGUAAAGUCGUGUUGGUCCUUGGGGGCCGAUACGCAGGACGCAAAGCCGUGGUUAUAAAGAACUAUGACGAUGGUACUUCAGACAAACAAUAUGGGCAUGCCUUAGUGGCUGGUAUUGACCGUUAUCCCAGGAAAAUUCACAAACGCAUGGGGAAGGGAAAGAUGCACAAAAGGUCGAAAAUCAAGCCCUUUGUUAAGAUCUUGAAUUAUAACCAUCUGAUGCCCACUAGAUACUCGGUGGAUUUGACAUCAGACCUCAAAGUGACUCCUAAGGAGCUGAAGGAUCCAAUGAAGCGCAAGAAGGUUAGGUUCCAGACCAGAGUCAAGUUUGAGGAGAGGUAUAAGCAGGGAAAGAACAAAUGGUUCUUCCAGAAGUUGAGAUUCUAAGGUUUUUAUAGAGUUAAAAUAAAAAUUGAAAAAUCAUAUUUUGUUUCACUCAUAUCCCAUUUUACCUCAAAAUUAAGUGCACUUUAAAGGUACACAUGUAGAUAUCACUUGAGUUCUUAUCCAUAUAUAUUGUAAGAAAUAUCUAAAACAAAUGUUAUAUAAUUGUAAAGUGGAAAUGUGGUUUCAAAUUUAGCUAAACAUUGAUAUAUUAUCUUGAACAUGUAAAUCACUUUUUAGAAUAAGAGACCUUUAUGAAAAAAAAAAUGGUACCACUCACUAGCUGAGAUAACCUGCAGAAAAUUGCUCUGUUGAGUAGUUGGCCAAGUACUCGGUAUCAAAACCUGACCAAGCACUACUAGUUAGCUUUUUGAAAAAAGUUGUACUCUGAUGAGUAUCCCUGAAACCAAGCACUCCUACAUGGCUUUUUCAAAAAAGUUGUACUCUGAGAAUCACUGAAAAAAAGUACAAAAACACUGGCAUCUUCCAAUGUACCUCAUCAAAUUUCAUAGUAAACCUGAGACAAAUUAUGUUAAAUUAUUUUUCUGAUUAACUUUAUUAAUAUAGGAAUUACUAUAUAAGCAUUGGUAAUCCUAGGUUCAUUUUAAGUGACGAGGAAGCAAAGUAUCAGCAUUUCUAAGAAAAAUAUUUAUUC